AUGACAAAUCCUGCAGGCUUUUACGGGUUGGACGAAUCUGACCUCGACAAGGUUUUCCACUUGCCCACAACCACUUUCAUCGGGGGAAACGAAUCGGCUCUUCCUCUCCGGGAGAUCAUCCGUCGGCUGGAGAUGGCGUACUGCCAGCACAUCGGCGUGGAGUUCAUGUUCAUCAACGACCUGGAGCAGUGCCAGUGGAUCCGGCAGAAGUUUGAGACCCCGGGCAUCAUGCAGUUCACCAACGAAGAGAAACGCACCCUGCUGGCCAGGCUGGUCCGCUCUACCAGGUUUGAGGAGUUCCUCCAUCGGAAAUGGUCUUCAGAGAAGCGUUUUGGGCUGGAGGGCUGCGAAGUGCUGAUCCCGGCCUUAAAGACCAUUAUUGAUAAGUCGAGCGAGAAGGGAGUGGAUUAUGUGAUCAUGGGGAUGCCCCACAGGGGACGCCUGAAUGUCCUCGCCAACGUGAUCAGGAAGGAGCUGGAGCAGAUCUUCUGCCAGUUCGACUCCAAGCUGGAGGCUGCCGACGAG